AUGGGUAUCGAGACCCUGCUCCGUAAAGGGGGCAGGAAAGAAGGAGCUUCCAGGGCGCGCAAGGAUGCGGACGAGUACGGGCCGUCCUAUGACAAGCAAUGGCGACGACGACAGGCCCAUAAAUACCUUCUGGAACCCUUGACUGCGCCUGAACCCAACCAAGAGACCGGCCUUGGCAGCUCCCACGUCAACCCAUACAUCACUGCGGCCAAGGAGAGGCUCGAGGCCCAGACUGCCGCUGCGACCUCUGCUGCGUCUGCUACGUCUGCUGCAUCACCACCGCCUUCCCCUGCGGCAAAGAAGAAGGAGAACAGGCCAAGGCCUUGGCUCUUGAAAGGCUUGCAAGGCAUCCCGGCGUACUGGCCCUCGACCAGCGCUACGCCCCAUCAACCAUAUCCCACCCCUCCAUCUUCGGCCAGCCCCACUCGUCGCAGCUUCGACGUCUUUCCGUCCAGCCCGUUUGCGACGUCAUAUCAGUCACGCCAAUCCAGCGAAUCGUCCCACCUCUCCAGCCAUCGAAACGGCUCCCAGCAAUCGACACGAGCGUCGUCUGAAUCUAUUUCUACCGCUGCCUUGACAACUUCUUCCGCCGCCACCCCUCCUACGUCUCCAUCACAACGCAACAGCACAAGCUCCGCCGGCGACAACAACAACGCCCUUUGCAAAAACAACACUCACUCUCCACCCCAGUGUCAACCGCGCUACGCCCGCCUUUCCGCCAAUUCCUCAUCGACUACGUGGGGCCGUCAGUCCUAUCCGGAGUAUCCGCGCAACCAGCUUGACAAAGCCCGUCGAAUCCGUCAGAACGCCAGCAAUUCUACGGACUCUAAUAAGAAGAAGAAUAACAGCAAUCGUAAAUCCAGCUCGGAGGCUCGACUUGCUGAGCGAUUUCCUGGAGACAUGUCUCACCGUCCUCUUGACAUGAUUAAACGCGAUACAAGGGCUGCCGAGCGCCCUCAUCGCCAUCGCAAGCGCAUCUCAGAGACGGACACAAUUGACGCCCUCGACACAAUUGGUGGCGCCUACCACCAUGGCGGUCCCUACGAUGCGACUCUGCGUAGCCGUAACCUUAACAAAAAGUACUCACCCGUCGCGGCUGUUCAAGACUCCAACAUGGAGGCCAUUCGUGCCACACCCCGAGAGAAUAUCAUGGAUUCAUUGAUAAAACACGUUCCCCUCCAAGGCACCGCCUCCAUUCCCAGCGGCGCGCCAGACAUGAGGGGCCGAAUCAUGUACUAUGAAGAAGGUGCCGAUUUGAUGCGAGAGCCUGAUGCCGCGGGCGGCGCGUACAAGCGAUGGGAUGGUAUUCAAUACCACCCAGACGAUCUCAAAGGCAAGGGUGAAUCAUCCUUCACGCUGGAGCGCGACCUGAAGAAGGGAAGACGCCAUCGACAUCACUUGAGCGAGGCGGAUGCGUUCGAGAUGGCACCUGGCACCAACAGAUUCUCCAGGUGGACGGCAAGUCACCAGCGCAGCGUCAGUCAGCAUUCUGCUGAGGCCUUGUCCAGUGGCGUUACGUACAAGAAUAACCCAGAUGGGGACUUGCGCCGAGCUCACUCUACCGGCAACAAGCUGGGCGACGGGCUUAAGCGGCGCUUUGGCAGCAUACGGCGGAAGAAGGACACGCCAUCCGAGGCAGUCCCAUGA